CUUACCUGCAGCUCGCUCGAAUCCAUUUGCGAAGUCCGAGUACUACCCAAAACAUGGAGCGAUAGGCACGAAGCGUGAAAGUUCCUCUCUCGGCCACGUGCUCGUGGACGAAGUUGUCUAUAUUAAGACUUCCUGACAAUCGCAGUCCUCCAGCUUGUGACGCUCUCAGAGUCCGUGAUUCAUGUAAUUAGAUGCCUUUGAUGAGGGGAUCCUGGUACCGGUUUCUGCCUCUUUAACCAAGUCACAGAACCUCUCGCGGAUUUUGCAGCAAGAAUGCCAAUGCCGUCCCUCAGGCGCCUCGCGGUCGUGGGCCUCGCCUCCCAUGCCGCCUGCACUUCGAUCAAGUACACUACUCCUCCGGCGGCUUCCGUUAUUUGCAACGAACAUUCGUACACGUACCAGGGCCUUGCGGGAUACGGCUCCUUGCCCUCGGAUGCGCGAGAUCAGUAUGGCGAUACCAUCAGCUUCGGGUCGUCAAUGGCCAUCAAGAAUUGGACGAGGACAGGGAACAAGUACAAGGGCACCAUGUACGGCCUUCCGGACCGCGGAUGGAACACGAAUGGGACGCAGAAUACGAUCCCGAGGGUUCAUGUUUUUGAGCUUAGCCUCACGGAAACGGAGGCGACCGUGUCGAAACCGUCUGGCCCAAACGUCGAGUUCAAGUACCAACGGACCAUCCUGCUCCACGGACCCGACGGCAAGCCGAUGACCGGCCUCGACCCUGACUUCACCGGCGGCCUGACCUAUCCCGGAUUUCCCACAAUGCCCGCUGCGACGUACCCAGGCGAUGGAUUUGGCGGUCCCGGUCCGGGCGACAAGCGCAUCUCUCUGGACGCCGAAGGCCUCGUUGUCGAGGAGGACGGGUCCUUCUGGAUCAGCGACGAGUAUGGCCCAUUUUUGUACAGAUUCGACGAGAAGGGACGGAUGACGGCCGCCAUCCAGCCACCCGAUGCCCUCCUGCCCAUUCGUAAUGGCAACGUCAGUUUCAACUCCAACACUCCACCCAUUUACGACAGCAGCCUGGUACCGAGCCCAGAAGACCCCGACCACGGCCGUCAGAACAACCAGGGCUUUGAGGGUCUCACCAUCAGCGCCGAUGGCAAGACGCUCUGGGCCAUGUUGCAGUCCGCCGCCGAGCAGGACGGCGGCGCUUCGUCCUCUAAGCGCCGUAACACCCGUCUGCUCAAGUACGCGCUCAGACGAACCGACAAGAAGAAGACGAAAAACAAGAAGAAGGGCGGCGACGUCGAGGUCACGUACGAGGCAGAGUACGCCGUGCCCCUGCCCACCUACGAGAACAGCAAGGGCAAGACGCGCGUCGCCGCGCAGUCCGAGAUCCACUACGUCUCCGACAGCCAGCUGCUCGUCCUCGCCCGGGACUCGGAUGCCGGUCGGGGCCGGGACGACCCCCUGUCUCGCUACCGCCACGUCGACAUCGUCGACAUCUCGGGCGCGACCAACAUCGCGGGUCCCAGGUUUGACGACGUCCGCAACGGAAACAUCACGGUGGGGGGCACGUCUGAUCCUUCCGACGAUCUCGUAGAUGGCAUCACCCCGGCUAAAUUAUGCCCUUUCAUCGACUACAACCUCAAUUCCGAGCUCAACAAGUUCAGGACUGCCGAGGGCGACCUUGUGCACAAUGGCGAGCCGGUCAAUCUCGGGCUCCUCAAUGAGAAGUGGGAAGCCCUCGCAUUGGUGCCCGUCAUCCCGGACACCAAGGGAAAGGGAAAGGACGAGGGCGGGACCUGCGGAGGGAAGAGGGACGGAGACGAGUAUUACCUCUUCACGCUGUCCGAUAAUGAUUUCAUCACCAACAAUGGCUACGCAGACUUCGGCAAGAUCCACUACGUGGAUGAUUCUGCCACCGUUCCCUUCCUCAAUAGCCAGGCAUUGGUCUUUAGGAUCACCCUACCUAGAGGUAGCAAACCUCUUAUUUCAUGAAGGGACGGGAAUGAAGGUGAACCUACCACUUCCAGGGGUUAAUCUACCUUGAUAUUAUAUGUAUCAUUGUAAAACUUCAUAUAAUAUAACCUCUACGAUGGUAUAAUAGUCUUCACUACUUCAUUACAAUUCAUAUAAGAUGAUCUCGCUUUGGUAUAUGUAUUGCUCCAAUGCCGUUUAGGAACGUUGUCAUUAAACGAACCCUGAAUCUCUCUAGCCGUUAUUAUAAAGUGGGCUCCAUACAAUAAUAGUUCAUAUAUUCUAUUCCAUUAGUG